GAUUGGCUGGGCCCUGGGGCCGCGUCGUCGAAUGCGGAAAAGGGGCGGGGCCAGAGCGCACGCGCGCUCACGAGUUUCCGGUAAACGCCGUGGUCACGCGAGCGGCGGCAGCUCGAAGGUGCUCCAAUUGCCGGCGAGUCGCCACGAGUUCAGGGUGAGCGAAGCCACGAGUUCAGGAGUGCUGCGGUAUCGCCGAGAGGCUGUCCCUGGCGGCAUGGCGGUAUCGGGUGCGUCAUUAAGCAGUGACCUCUGCAGGGUCAGGUGGGAGGACCUGGAGAACAAGAUUAAAAUUGGCUCUGGAGGCUUCGGAAUCGUCUACAAGGCCAGGCACAAAAUCUGGACCAUCGACGUGGCGAUCAAGUGCCUUCUGCCCAACCAAUCCAACGACAGUGCCCGAGAGAAGCUUAUGGAUGAGGCAAAGAAAAUGUGGCGCGCACAGUUCCAAUUUGUGUUGCCCGUGCGCGGGACCUUUCGCGACGAGCAUAACUUGGGCGUCGUGAUGGAGUUCAUGCCGUACGGCUCCAUCGCCGGGCUGCUGGAGCGCCUGGAGCCGCCGUGGUCGCUCCGCUUCCGGCUCCUGCAUGAAGUGGCGCUCGCCAUGAACUUCCUGCACAGCCUGGAGCCCCAGCUGCUGCACCUGGACCUGAAGCCUCAGAACGUGCUGCUCGACGAGGAUCUGCACGCCAAGGUCGCUGACUUUGGCUUAUCCAAGUUCAGGAAGACUGAGGCUUCACAUCGGAGUGAUAUGAACUUGUUGGGGACACAGGAGUACAUGCCCCCUGAGUCGCUCAGCAACAUCAAUCACCAUCCCAACACAGCCUUUGAUGUCUACAGCUAUGCGAUACUCAUCUGGACUGUGCUUACACGAGAGGUGCCCUAUGAAUAUGCACCAUCAGACUUGAUCUAUAUUCUUGUCCCCGAUGGUCAAAGGCCAGACCUGAUGAAGAUACCAAAGAAUGCAAACGUGGCAGGGAUCGCAAAAUACGUGGAUCUCAUGAAGCUUUGCUGGGACGGUGACCAGCCUAAGAGGCCAUCUUUCAGGGAAAUUUUAACAAAAACGCAAGUAAUUUUGGACAUGCACAAGAGUGAUUUAGCCUCGGACGUGCUGAAAGUAAGAAACAUACUGGAAAGAAUGGUGUCGGGUGACCCGAUCAGUGGGGAUUUGCCCCCUCGGCCUGCGUUGGGGCCACAGGGCUACAGCCCAGUGGGCCAGGACCUCCCGCUCACCCUCAGAGAUUGUAGCAGUGGGAGGGAGGAGUUGGACUCUGGGAGGCACUCAAGAGAGGAGGCCUCACCGCAGGUCUCCGACACAUUGCAGUCUUCCCCAUCGUUGUGCAUAUCUGAGGAGGAAACAAUGUUGGCUGUGGGGCGCUCGCAAAUCAGAGACAUCGGAGUGCCACAGGCGGAAACAAGAGGAAACAACGAGACUCACGUCGAGGCACCAUUUCAGCAGAUGAGAGUGGGAGAGAGCUUUGCUCGACCGGAAACGCAGGGAGUCUUUCCCAGGCACCAGGAAGGACGUAUUCCAAUGUAUUCGGGAGCCGUUCCAGUGGAGCCCCAAGGGCCGGCGGCAGGGUCGGCGGGAAACCCAUUCAACCCCUCCGCUCAACCCUAUAACCGUCGGCACACGCACCCACACUCGGUGCACCAAGCAACAGGACAAUAUCAGCACCCCUCGUCAGAUCGGAGAGGCACUGGAGAACCGAUGGAUGGUCCAUCAGGAGCACUGCCAGGUUUUCCCGCCCAUCGACCCCACUACCACCCUCCACAUGUCCAUCUAGAUCAAUUCAACUCCCCUGCUCCGACUCAUUCUUUCACGAUUGUAGGCUCCAACUUGAAAAAUACUCAGAUUGGUAACAACAACACGAUAUACUAUUCAGAUAAGUCCAAAAGACAUGCAUCUAGAGACGAUACGUAUUCAAAACAGGAUACAUAAGAGAAGUGUCGAUCUGUAAUCAUUGGAUUAAGUUGUUAUUUUAAAGUGCACCUCACAAAGCUGCUGCUGCAACAACACACUUUACACAUAGGAUGGUAACAUGAAUUGAACAUUAGAUUUAGACGAAACAAGUUUUUGCAAUUUGGAUAAAAUGUAACAAUUUGAGGUGUGGGAGGGAGAGUUGUUAAGAUAUGUGAUUAAAUUUGCAGCGAUAAAAUCAGUUUGUAUUGUAGAUUUUAGUUGAAUUAUUACAUCACGUGAUUAUCUGGCAAUCGUCUGUGAUCAUGGAUGAUGAUGAUUGUAAUAAUUACGUCAGAAGAGAUUGUGCAUGCACCCUUUACAUUCUCAUUGUCCCGUAUUUUACAGAAAGGGAAGAGUUUGAGAAAUUCACAUACUUUUUAAACCCUGUGUUACUUGAGCAAUAUAAAUGAGAAGCCAUGAAAUAUAUAAAACUGUAAAUUACAUUAUCUCCUGACAACAGGUGUGUAAUGCCUGAGCUUCUCAGACCAUCACGAAGGGCUUUUUAAAAGGCGUUAUUUGGAUCGAGUGGUGGUGCAGUAUCCAGCGCGCACUGCGCUGUGAAUUUAACCCAAUGAUAUGCGUUCGGUUCCUGCCUUAUGGCAAACAUCAGUGGCGAGUGAUAUCUGAACCAGUCCCGUGCCCUCCACAAACCUACACUUGAACCAACCGGGUGAAGUACUGACCCAGCAUGGCGGGGAGGCCUUCAUCCUGAACAGCUGUGACUUCUAAAACUAUUUAUUUUUACUUAACCCUUUUGGGGAGCACAAUUCUUAAAUGUUUCCAGAUGCCUGUGAUUGUCCGUGCUUAAGCAGGUGAAUAGUUGUUGACUCACCGCUGGGUUGAGUGCAGUGACAGUGGCUAUCUUUUAGUGAAUUCCCAGGUGUGAAUUGAAUGUGGAUCAGCGUUAUGCCGACAAGGAGAUUCUUUGGCAAACCCAGCGACAGCAAAUUUAGCAUCGUAAAGCAUUGCAAUGUAACAAUUUUGUACACCCCCCCCCAUCAUCCCCCCACCAAGGGACAUUGUUUUUUUUACUGAAUUGUUCCUGAUGAAGGGGCUUCUGUUAAUGGGUUGAUUUGCACUGCCGCUAGGUAAUUGAUAAAACAUUGUGGGUGGCAGGGGAUGUGAUUAAGUAGGUGUAAGAGAUUAAAAAAAACAAGUCUAAAAAGGGGAAGCACGUUUUUAAUAGUGGCUACCACUUUCUCGAUAAUGAAUUGACCCAAUGACUCCAUGUGAUCCAUACAUUUACUGUCAUUUGCCACCACUAAUGUUCGCCAAGCUUACGCCACUGACAGUCAAACUCUUCUGUUGAUAAGCAAAGUAAGGAUGCGUAAAUAUUUUAGCAUUUUGAAGCUGUACAAUAACUUGACGUUUUAAAUUCACCGGUUGAUAAAAUAGUCGUCGCUUGUUAUUUCAUACUGUAAUUAUUUGUAUUUUUUUAAAGGGACAUUGAAAUAAUUACUAUUUUAUAUAAAAAAGUGUGUGUGUGUGUUAUUUGCCACAUGUAAAAGUUUGCGCAAUUUGUAAUGCCUCAUUGGCCAUAUCCUUAUGUAAUCUUAAUGCCAAUGUCUUUGUAAAUAGUAAAUAACCAAAAUAAAGAGUCUUCCAGUGAGUUGUACCAAAUGUUUGAUUUCUUUGUAAGCAUUAUUUUUAAUAAAAUGUGCACCUGUG